AUGAUGAAAUUGUCUUCUUUUUUCAUUGCCUUGAUGGCAAUUUUUCUAAUGUCCAAAGCGGCUUCUUUAGAUAACAGUGUACAUGAAUAUUAUAUUUCAGAAUCCAAAUUAACUUUCCUCCAAGCCUGGACCGAAUGUAAGAUAAUGAACAAAAGUUUGAUCAACCUACAAGACCAAACUUCCUAUGAUAGUUUAGUUCAACACUUGAAAUCGGGACAAUACUUAAAUACUAACACUUACUGGUUAGGCGGUGUCAAAACGACCAACGGAGCCUGGUUGUGGAUGGACACCCAAGAAUAUAUAACAUAUUCAAAGUGGGCCACCAACGAACCGAAUUCUACAUUCGCAGCCGACUUUUGUUUGCUCUUGGGAAGGGACUACGGAAAUAUUGAUCCUUACGAGUGGGAGGCAAAAGAAUGCACUGAAAUGCAAUACUAUAUCUGUCAGUAG